GGUCAGUAGAACAUUCGAAUCAAGCCCAAGUAAACAAUUCUAAUCUUUUCGCCGAACAAUAUUAACUGGAGAUAUCAUUGUCAACCAAGUCACUGCAAUUCUGUUUUAAGCACUCAUACUUUUGGAGACAUCAGGACCAGUCAAACAAUCCUACAACGUGCCGCAAUACUGCGGGGUCUUGAAUUCAAUCAAUCUAAUGGCUCCCGAACCUGGCUCCCAAUACCCCCUCUACAACACCACAUUCACCUUACAUCGAGCUUCUCCACUCUACAUUGGCGAAAAUCCUCUCAACAAUUCGAACUUACAAGUACAUGCACGCCGAUUUCGAGAUAUACUAGCAGGCGAUGUUUUACGAGGAGUUCGGGUUGGAUUAGGAUCUGAAGAUGAUACGCUGGCUCGUGUAGGAGCUUUGCAAACGGUGGCGUGGAGGAUUUUCAAGGUAGAAUCGGAAUGGGCUGUCGAAGAUACUACAGGAGAAGCUCUUGAUGAGUCUGUGUCCGAGUCUAUAAAUAAUCGCGGAAUACUGGUUGAAAUCAACUAUGAGAAGGCGAAAUACACGGCAAUUUUAUUGCGCGCCACUUCCGAAGACGACAUGGACGACUCGAUCAUGGGCAAUUCUCGUGAUGAAGCUGGAUUCCUACGCUUACCACUGAUCUUGACACGAAUGCCGUUGUCAUUAAAAGAAACAUUCAUCCAAUACAUCUGCAGGAUAUUCGAUACAAGGGUGUCUGCCCUGAAGUUGGAAGGAAAACAUCUGCUGGGAUCUUUCGAACAAUACACAUCCAACUCGAUUAAUUCAGAUGCAACAACCGAAGAGCGCCGAGCUAGUAUACAAAAGGUUAUUAAAGAAGUUCAAAUUUCUGUUGGCUUCGAUAUACCUGGUGGAUCGGCUGCUCUCAAAACUAUUGAGAUACAUGUUGCCAGGGAAGACUUGCCUCGUAUGCUUGCACGAGGAAACAAAAUUACGAAAGACGGAUCUCCCUUUAUGGCUGCAUUAAAAACUUAUGUCAAGGCUCAUUUGGCACUGGAUCUAGGGCAUGAAAAGGUGAAGAUUGUUAAGAUUGCAUGUGGCUCAUUUGUACUUGGCGAAGGGAGGUUGAAAUUGACGCAGCCAUCCAGUGGCGAGCAUGAAGAUAGUGGACAAUAUCGAGCGACGAGACAGCUUCUUAACAGCCUUGUGGAUAUCGCCUCCGGACGAGGAAUUCUGGGAGAGAAGUGAAAGCCAACAUACCUCCUCAUGUCGAGGACUCUUCGCCCUAAUCAAACCCCUUCGACAAUUCAGACUCAGACGUGAGGUCAUAUAAUCCAGGGCCUACCAAGAGAACAAUCGCCAUCCGGACUUCGACCUUCCAAUGCUGAUGUCAAUGAGUACGUCAUGACCCUGUGUUCGGGCUUGGCUACAUAAAGGGAUUGUGUAUCGAAAGAUGCAGCUUAUCAUUUUACACACUCGAGCCACGACAAGAGGAACUGUAUGCAACCUAAGUACAUUAACAGAACUGGCUAAACAUCAUCGACAUGUCUACUUGUUGGAGAAAUGUUAAUUGAUAUAUAUGUUACUGUAAGCAAUCUGGCUAUGGCCAAAGAUCAUAAGCCUUCAGGCCUCAUGUCUCUCGGUUUGAAUAGUGGAGGCCAAUUUCAUCUGGCCAUCCAUGGCGACCCAAAAGGAUCACAGACCAAUCAUGUUGCAGGUUGUCAUGGUGGGCUAAUAUUAUCGCGUUGGCACCAGGUCGGUUUCUCCAAACGAACACAAUCGUCAUGGAAUCCAAAUUCGCCGAGAAGAUUUAAUGAACUUUGAUGAAAUAAUUAGCGAAUGACGCCCCUAUUCAAUACCUAGGGAAUGAUAAAUACAAUGUCAAAUUUAUAAAUCGCA